AUGGUUUUGAUGAAUGGGAUUUUCAAGACGUAUUUGGAUUCAUUCGUGAUUGUGUUCAUCGAUGACAUCUUGGUUCAUUCUCGAAGUAAGGAAGGGCAUGAGAAGCACUUGAGGAUUGUGCUUAGUCUAUUGAAGGAAAAGAAGUUGUAUGCCAAGUUUUCUAAGUGUAGAUUUUGGCUCAGUUCUGUGGAAUUUCUGGGCCAUGUUGUGUCUAAGGACGGGAUUAUGGUCGAUCCCAAGAAGAUCGAGGUUGUUAGAGAUGGGGCGAGUCCUACUUUAGUUACUGAGAUUCGUAGUUUCGUGGGCCAUGCAAGUUAUUAUCGUCGGUUUGUGAAAGGGUUUUCUUCGAUUGUUUUGCAUUUGACUCGACUGACUCAGAAGAAUGUUCCUUUCCAGUGGUCCAACGAGUGUGAAGAGAGCUUCCAAAAGCUCAAGGCUUUAUUGACUUCAGUCCCGAUUUUGGCAUUACCAGUGGAGGGUAAGGACUUCACUGUAUAUUUUGAUGCGUCUCGCAUCGAUUUUGGUUAUGUGUUGAUGCAAGAGGGUAAGGUAAUCGCGUAUGCUUCGAGGCAAUUGAAGUUUUCAGCAUGUGUUCAAUCAGAGAGAUCUCAAUUCGAGAUAGCGCAGAUGGACAGAGUUCCUUAA